AAGCUGACCGACCCUGCUGGUGUAAGAGCUACAGUCGUGAGUAGUACAACUGUACGUGCGCCCCGCCCGUGCGUGUUGUGUUGGUUGGUUGCGAGGUGGCGACGUUACUAGCUACGUAAGUUAAUAGAUCGAUGGACUCGAUAAUGGAGCGGCCUAUGAUGGACGUCGCGGCGGGGAGCACGACAGGGAUAGGGCGGAGCAAGUCGGACCAGCUAGCGUCGGCAUCGGCGGCGUCGCCGUGCCCGGGCGGCGACCUGGCGGCGACCCAUUCGCGCAAGUCCAGCUUCGGGAACAAGCGGUCGGCUUCUGGGGGAGCCGGCGCCGGGGGGAGCAGCCACGGGCACGGGCAGAGCCACAUCCGGAAGUCCCGGAGCGCGCAGCUGAAGUUUGACGUGGAGGAGCUGGUGAGCAGCGGCGCCGCGCUCAGCCGCGCCUCCAGCGCCAGCCUCGGCUUCUCCUUCACCUUCACCGGCUUCACCCCGCCUCCCGCCCACAGCGUCUCCUCAGAGCUCGCCCCCUUCAGCGACGACGACCUGCACGCGAUCGACAUCGAGGCCAGCACGCGGCGCAAGAAGCUCAUGACGGAGCCGACCUUGCCGAUAUACCUCAAGUUUGCGGAGGUGAAGUUCAGCGUGGCGGUGAAGGGGACGCCGAGGGAGAUACUGGGCGGGAUAUCCGGGUCGGCGUGCCCCGGCGAGGUGCUGGCGCUCAUGGGGCCCUCCGGCAGCGGCAAGACCACGCUGCUCAGCAUGCUCGGCGGCAGGCCCACCGGCGCCGGCGCCGCCGAGGGCUGCGUCUCCUACAACGACGAGCCCUUCGGCAAGUCCCUCAAGCGCAGGAUAGGGUUUGUGACUCAAGAUGAUGUUCUCUUUACUCAUCUGACCGUGAAGGAGACAUUGACUUACGCAGCAUUACUGCGUCUCCCAAGAACAAUGACAAGGCAACAGAAGAGAGAGCGUGCAAUGGACAUCAUAUAUGAACUUGGCCUCGAAAGGUGCCAGGACACUAUGAUUGGAGGAUCUUUUGUGCGUGGGGUUUCAGGGGGUGAAAGGAAAAGAGUUUGCAUUGGAAAUGAGAUUAUUAUCAACCCAUCUUUGCUUUUUCUUGAUGAGCCGACAUCUGGAUUGGAUUCCACUACUGCUCUUAGGAUAGUUCAACUUCUACAUGACAUAGCUGAGACUGGGAAGACGGUGAUGACCACCAUUCAUCAACCAUCCAGCAGGCUUUUUCAUAAGUUUGACAAACUUAUCCUCCUGGGGAAAGGAAGUUUGCUCUACUUUGGGAAGACAUCUGAAGCCAUGCCCUACUUUCAGUCCAUCGGAUGCAGCCCGCUUAUAGCCAUGAACCCAGCAGAGUUUCUAUUGGAUCUUGCCAAUGGAAACACCAAUGAUAUUUCUGUUCCUUCUGAAUUAGAUGACAAGGUUCACAUGGAAAAUCAAAAUCUGCAGAAUACUAAUUCCAAAACUGACUACCGGCCAUCAGCACAAGAUGUUCAUGAGUAUCUUGUUGACGCCUAUGAGAGUCGAGUGGCAUAUAAGGAGAAGAAGAAGCUUCUAGAACCGCUCCCAAUCAGUGAUGAUAUGAAGACAAUAAUAACAUCUUCAAAGCGAGAGUGGGGCACAAGCUGGUGGCAGCAAUAUUCCAUCCUCUUCUGUAGAGGUCUCAAGGAAAGACGGCAUGAUUAUUUGAGCUGGAUGAGGAUCACCCAGGUCAUAGCUACAUCGAUUAUCUUAGGUUUGCUGUGGUGGCGCUCUGAUCCCACCACACCAAAAGGGCUACAGGAUCAGGCAGGCUUACUGUUUUUCAUAGCUGUGUUUUGGGGUUUCUUUCCUGUGUUUACUGCCAUCUUCACAUUCCCUCAAGAGAGGGCAAUGUUGAACAAGGAGCGUGCUGCUGACAUGUACAAGCUCAGUGCAUACUUCUUGGCCCGAACGACAAGUGAUCUGCCGCUAGACCUUUUCCUCCCAGUCAUAUUUAUGGUGAUUGUCUACUUCAUGGCAGGCCUCAAAGCAAGUGCCACACAUUUCUUUCUUAGCAUGUUGACUGUCUUUCUCAGCAUCAUUGCUGCUCAGGGACUAGGACUAGCAAUUGGUGCUACCCUCUUGGACAUCAAGAAGGCAACAACUCUAGCUUCAGUCACAGUCAUGACAUUCAUGCUAGCAGGAGGGUUCUUUGUAAAGAGAGUUCCACCAUUCAUAUCGUGGCUCCGGUACCUGUCCUUCAACUACCACACGUACAGGCUGCUGCUCAAGGUGCAGUACGAUCCCGUGCCGGACAUCCUGAUGACCUCUGUACCUCUCGACAACGGCCAGACAGAGGUCGGAGCCCUGGUUGUGAUGAUCAUCGGGUACCGGGUGCUGGCCUACCUGUCCCUCAGACGAGUGAAGUCUUCGAGCAGCUAGCAGGUCAAGCGCUGUUAGCAGCUACCUGUCCCUCAGACGAGUGAACUGGAGUCUGGAGGGACGCAGGAAUUGACACUCCUAGUUCUUACUGUCUGUUUUGCAUGUAGAGAGCUCUAAUAUAUUUGCACCAUGGAAAAGAUGGAUCUUUUUUUGUUACUGUUCCGUCUUUCUGCUAAGGUCAGAGGCUCAGAGCGCCAACAAUGUGCUAUCUGUUGUUGCUAGGUAACUCAUGGGACAGAUUAAUGUGAACGUUGAGCAAGAAAUAGUAGCAAGUGCGAGCCAAAAACAGUCCUAUAUGUGUUGACAGUGCAUGCUAAUUUCAAGUGUAUUGGACAGUAACAGCGAAAAUAGAUUGCAUACAUC